UUCGCCUUAUCAGCGUUUGUAUUUGGAGAGAGAGAAAUGCUACUCUCUCUCCUCCCAAAAGAAUCAUGCUAAGGUUCCGUGUCCCAAUCAUGUAGUCUAGCUAUAUAAAUAUACGUAUAUUUAGUUCUAUAUACACAGAUAUAGAUAUUAAUCCGUCGACAAGAAAAGCUUUGGGUGAUCGGUUCAACAAUGUACGCCGGAGAAGAGAAGACCGGUGAUUUCUACUCUGUUUUGGGAUUGAAAAAGGAAUGCUCCGCGGAGGAGCUCAGGACUGCUUACAAGAAGCUAGCACUGAGAUGGCACCCGGAUCGUUGUUCAGCUUCGGCAAAUUCAAAGUACGUGGACGAAGCUAAGAAGAAAUUUCAGGCGAUCCAAGAAGCCUAUUCUGUCCUUUCUGAUGUGAACAAAAGGUUUCUGUACGACGUAGGGGUCCACGACUGUGAUGAUGACGAAAAUGGAAUGGGUGAUUUUAUGAAUGAAUUGGUAGCGAUGAUGAGCCAAAACCAGGCCAAUGAAAAUGGGGAAGAGAGUUUUGAGGAACUGCAGGAGCUGUUUGAGGAAAUGUUUCAGGGUGACAUUGGGGCAAAGGCAUUCAGUUCAACCGCUCAGGCUGAAACCUAUUCUUAUACUUCUUACCAAUCCUGUGGUGAAAGCUCUAGCACUACCAGUAAGCGUAAUUCCUCUCAAAUGAACUUUGGGAAGGCCAAAGUUGAAGAGUCUUCUACUUUCAACGGCCAAUUUCAGGGAUUUUGCCUAGGGGCGGAACGUCAGGAAAGUACCCGGAGAGGGAGAGGAACAAAAGGAGGGAUCCCAGGAGGGGCCGGAAGUGGACGGAGGAAUGGCAGGAAACAUAAGGUUUCAUCUAGCCAUGAUGUAUCCUCCAAUGAUUAAUCAAGUGCAAUUGCUUGACAUUCAAUGUGGCAAAUCUAUCCUCAUGAUAUUGAAGCCUGAUUUAUGUGCAUGAAGCUGCAUAAUGCCCAGUCGAAACAUUAUCAAUUGGGAUCAUCAAAGAGUUGUUUAUUAGGCAUUUUGGCUCUCGGUUCAAUCACAACCGGUAGAGUCGAGCCUCGGACAAUGUUCGCGAAUCUUGUAUCACGUUUGGUAAUCUUCAAUUGCAAUGUUUUACUUAUUUGUGUUUUUCGAACUUUUUUUCUCUUAAUAUUUGUUUAUUUGUGUUUUUCAAACUUUUUUUCUCUUAAUAUUGCACUCAAGUUGUUAGGUAAUAUAUAUAUAUAUUCUGCCCUUCUUUUUAAGCA